AUGGUGGCCACGGAAGGUCUGCGGGAGAUGGAGGGCAGCGCGCUGCGGCGCCUGGUGUGCCGCGAAGAGGCCGGCGGCGGCGGCGGCAACGGGAGGUGCCUGGUGUUGGACUGCCGUCCGUUCUUGGCUCACAGCGCCGGGCACAUCCGCGGCUCUCUGAACGUGCGGUGCAACACGAUCGUUCGGCGCCGGUCGAAGGGGUCCGUGAGCCUGGAGCAGAUCCUGCCGGCCGAGGGGGACGUGCGAGCGCGGCUGCGCGCGGGGCUCUACGCCGCCGUCGUGGUGUACGACGAGCGCAGCCCGCGCGCGGAGGCCCUGCGCGAGGACAGCACCGUGGCGCUCGUGGUGCGCGCGCUCCGCCGCGACACGGCGCGCGCCGACAUCCGCCUCCUCGCAGGGGGUUACGAGCGCUUCUCCUCGGAGUACCCCGAGUUCUGUGCAAAAACCAAGUCCCUGAGCAAUGUGUCACCCCCCACCAGUGCCGAAACCCUGGAUUUGGGCUGUAGUUCCUGUGGGACCCCCUUUCAUGACCAGGGUGGCCCUGUGGAAAUCCUUCCCUUCCUCUACCUUGGCAGCGCCUACCACGCUGCCCGGCGGGACAUGCUCGAUGCUCUGGGCAUCACAGCCCUCCUGAACGUCUCCUCAGACUGCCCCAACCACUUCGAGGGGCUCUACCAGUACAAGUGUAUCCCGGUGGAGGAUAACCACAAAGCCGACAUCAGCUCCUGGUUCAUGGAGGCAAUUGAGUACAUUGACUCAGUGAAGGAGUGCUGUGGCCGGGUCCUGGUCCACUGCCAGGCUGGUAUCUCCCGCUCAGCCACUAUCUGCCUGGCUUACCUGAUGAUGAAGAAGCGUGUCAAGCUGGAGGAGGCCUUCGAGUUCGUGAAGCAGCGCCGGAGCAUCAUCUCCCCUAACUUCAGCUUCAUGGGGCAGCUGCUGCAGUUCGAGUCGCAGGUGUUGGCCACCUCGUACACAGUGGAAGCCGUCAGCCCCUCUGGGAAGCUGCGGGAGCGGGGCAAGGCCACCUCCACACCCACCUCUCCGUUUGUCUUCAGCUUCCCAGUCUCGGUCGGUGUCCACGCCACCCCCAGCAGCCUCCCCUACCUGCACAGCCCCAUCACCACGUCACCCAGCUGUUAGCUCAGGGGCUGAGGCCAGCCAGGCAGAGGGGGCUGGGCGUGGAGUGGGGCAGGAGGGCAUGGAGCCCUGUGAUGCUAAAGCAAUAGUGCUGGACACUGCCAUUCACCCUGGACUCGAUGUCUUCUUUUCGUAGGGAAAUUUCUUACCUCAUCUUGUUUUUUUUUGCUUUGUAAUUUUAUGUUUUGAAAGCAUGAAAGUUGUAAAAGCCACAAGCCCUGACACCGUCCAGGCUCUUUGGGGAAGGAAAAGAAUGGUAUACUGGGUUUCCUCAAGUGCCUGGCCUUCAUCUCUUUCCAUCCCUAUUUGAUUGUCUUCUUUUUAAAAGAAAGAUACAGCUCCCCUUCUCCCCAUACUUCUGCCCCUAGCUCAUCCGGGUUGAAAAGGGAGCACACCCUCUUUGACUGUGCAGCUGUCUUCCCCCUUGCACAAAGAGACAUGGGUGUGUGUGGUGGGUGCUGCUUACCUGAGCCAGUUACACUGGGUGAGGAGCAGAGCUGCAGGCACGGCCUUGGGGUGAGCAGGAGUGGUGGCACAGUGGUGGCUGCCUGCAGUCAGCCUCAGCCUUGCCAGUUGCCUAUGGAAGUGAUGCAGGAGCUGGGAAAGGCACCAGCUAAACCCAUUCCUGUGGCUGGGAGGGGGGUAGGACAGGGAGAUGCAGUCCUAAAUGACUCUUUUCUUGCCUCUGUGGGUCCCUGGUUCCUACAAAACUGAGGUCCAAUCUCCUGUGGCUUAGAGAAGAGAAGGAAAGGGUGAGGGCAGCAGUCUGGGCUGCUUCUGAUUACUCCCUCUGUUUCCUCCCCACCCAUCCCACCGCUGCUCUUCCAAAAAAGGCAGGAUGGGAUGUGGGUGUAAUGGAAGAGAGAAGCAGCCAGGUGGAAGAAAGGCUGGCCCAGAGACAUCCAUCCAGAAUCUUCAAUCUUCCUCCAGCCCUUCUCCACCUGAGCUGGGUGUUGUUCACCUGUACAACACUGCUGCAGCCUGCGGUCCAAGCCUGGAGAAUGCCUCAUCCUCAACCCACCUGGAGCCGUGUUUCCCCCCAGUCCCAUCCAGCACAUGAGAUGCCUGUGUGGCUGAUGUACAUAUGUAUGGUUUGUUCCCUUUUUAUUUUCUAGAAAUUAACUUUUUAUUUAUUGCCUGAGGGAGGGAGAAAACAAACUGUUUGGAGAAAAUAAAAAUAAACCUGUUUUCAACA